CUUUUGUCCAUACACGCUGGUUCAUCGUACAUACACCACACCCACACCACCCACCUUCCACACACAAACCUCGCUUCGGCCCCCAUCUUUUGCAGUCGAUCUGCCCAUCGCCAGAAUCCGUUCUCCAUACAUAUCCUCGCGGUUUUCGAGCUUGUUGAUCAAUUGGUCGCAUAAACUUCCCGGAGAAGUCGUUCUUAUCGGAUACAGUUGAACUGUGAACCCAUCUCGCGAGAUUCUUAGCAAAGAUAUCAACCCCGGCAAUCAUGCGUUACUCUUUGGCUCUGGGCGCUCUCUGCGCCGCUGGUGCCAUGGCCCACAACGUUGACAAGCGUGCCUACGUGACUGACUGGACUGUCGUCACCGAGACCAUCACCGUCACCGACUACCUCACCCCCACGGCCUAUGCCGACGUCGCCGAGAAGGAGGUUGUCGACACCACGACCGCCGCCGCUGCCGCCGUCGAGACCUCCAGCGUCGCCGCUGUCCCCGUUGUGUCGAGUACCUCGACCUCCUCCGUCGUCACCCCCGUCGCCGAGCCGACCACGUCCGUGGUUGCCGUCGAGCCUACCACCACGGUUCCCGCUGUGACGACGACGGCUGCGCCUGCGGCUGUGGUCGUCACCUCCGUCGUCAAUGAAGCUGCCGCCGCGGUCACUUCUGCUGCCGAUGAUAUUGCUGCUGCGGCUACCUCCGUCGUGGCUGAUACUGCGGCCGCGGCUACCUCCGUCGCGGAUGGUGCUGCUGAUUCUUAUGCGACCUCCUGGUCCACGGCUUGGACUUCGGCCUGGACUUCCUCCGCGACCGCUACGACGCUGGCGACCUCGACCUCGUCUAGCGCCACUUCGACCGCUACCAACGCUUACCAGUCCACUGUGCUGUUCAACCACAACAUUCACCGCAGCAACCACUCUGCCAGCUCUGUCGAGUGGUCCGCCGACCUGGAGACCAGCGCCUAUGCGCUGGCCGCGAAGUGUGUCUACGAGCACGACACGAGCAUUGACGGCGGUGGUUACGGCCAGAACAUCGGAUACGGUGUCGAGGCGUCCGCAAUUGGCGAAAUGAUCACCAACCUGAUGUACAACGACGAGAUGGGCUACUACACCGACCUGUACGGCGAGGCGGACCCGUCUAUGACCUACUUCGACAACUGGGGUCACUUCUCGCAGAUCGUGUGGAAGGCGACCACCCACGUGGGUUGCGCUACGGUCACUUGCGCCAGCCUCGGCAAUGUCGAUGCCGCCGAGGCCCUGCCGUUCACUGUUUGCAACUACAGCCCAGCCGGAAACUACGAGGGCGAGUACGGUACCAAUGUCGGCGAGCCCCUUGGACAAGCCGUUUACGUUGCCUCCUAAAUGCCGAGAGAUGCUUUCGCCUGACUGUGUCUGGAGACUGUCGCCGUUGCACCACGAUCAAGAAGCGUCGGUCCCUCAAAGCCCGAGGGCUCAAGUUUCCGAGUUGUUUUGAUUGGGACUGGGG